UCUCUCAGGCUUAACUCUCUCUGUGCCGCUCUACCAUCAUCGGAGCCCUCAAGGUGGAGCUUGACAAGGAUUGAUCCUUUUGGAGGAUUCACUUCUCCUUCAUGACGUUCCUGCAACGUCGAUGAGAGCAUUGGCUGCAGUGUUUUCCAAGCUCUUUCUGAUUCCACGAUCUGGUUUUGAACGUCGUUUUCUUUGAUGUGACGAGCUUGGCUCAGGUUGCGAAUGUCACCUGUCACGGAGAAGGCUACGGAUUCUGCAUAAUUCUGUUCAUCUCUGUUCCCUCCAACUUGUAUCGAAUGUCUCCAUCGAAUUUGAACUUCGAGUUGAAGGGGACGAAGUUGACGAUGGAGAGGCCUCAUCGAUGGAGGCUGAGACAUCACCCAGUUUGUAGACGAGGUAAGAAGGUGAUGAUCAUCAUUCUGGAUGGAUGGGGAGAGCAGAUACCCGACGACUUCAAUAGCAUUAAUGUCGCCCCCACGCCCACCAUGGACGCACUGAAGAAGACGGCACCGGAUCGAUGGCGGCUUGUGCGAGCCCAUGGCCUUUCUGUAGGCCUUCCCAGCGACGAAGACAUGGGAAACAGUGAGGUUGGCCACAACGCUCUCGGAGCUGGACGAAUCUUCACACAAGGGGCAGGCCUUGUGGACCAAGCCCUAGCCACCGGGAAGCUGUACGAGGGGGCGGGAUUUAAGUACAUCAGCUCGGCGUUCGCCCAAAAUACGUUGCACCUCAUGGGCCUGUUGAGCGAUGGUGGUGUGCAUUCUCGAUUGGAUCAACUCUUAUUGUUGAUGAAAGGGUGCGCCGAACGUGGAGCUAAACGAAUUCGUGUACACAUCCUUCUGGACGGACGGGACGUUGCUCCAGGGUCGGCUCCCAAAUACAUCGAUAUCCUGGAGAAGGAAUUCGUCGACAUCCGGAAUAUGGGGUGUGAUGCCUGUAUUGCCUCAGGGGGUGGCCGCAUGGCUGUCACCAUGGAUCGCUAUGAGAACGACUGGGGAGUGGUGAAGAUAGGAUGGGAUGCUCAAGUCCGAGGGGAAGCUCCUCACAAAUUCGCAACAGCUAUGGAGGCACUGAAGAAUCUGAAGGAGGCGAAUCCAAAGCUGGAUGAUCAGUACUUUCCUCCUUUUGUGAUCGUUGGACCCGAUGGCAAUGCGGAGGGGCCAAUCCUCGACAACGACGCCGUUGUCAGUUUCAACUUCCGGGCGGACCGCAUGGUGAUGGCAGCCAAAGCCUUCGAUCUGGAGGAGUUCGACAAGUUCGACAGAGGGGUGAUGCCCAAGAUUAAGUAUGCCGGUAUGCUGCAGUAUGAUGCAGACAUUGAGCUUCCAAAACAUUACCUGGUGACUCCUCCACUGAUCGAGAAAACCUCGGGAGAGUACCUCGUGCACAACUAUGUCAAGUCCUGGGCCUGCAGCGAGACUGUGAAAUUCGGGCACGUCACGUUUGUGUGGAACGGGAACCGCUCUGGAAUGUUCAGCUCUAGUCUGGAGAAGUAUGUGGAAAUUCCCAGUAACAAGGGCAUCCCCUUCAACGAUAACCCUGAAAUGAAAGCCAUUGCCAUCGCUGAAAAAGCUCGCGACGCCCUUCUCAGUGGCAAAUUCGACCACGUUCGUGUAAACAUAGCCAACGGAGACAUGGUAGGCCACACUGGCGAUUUCAAGGCGACCAUCUCUGCCUGCGAAGCCGUCGACCGGGCUGUGAAGAUAAUGCUUGAUGCUGUCGAAGAGGUGAAGGGUAUCUUUUUAAUCACUGCUGACCAUGGCAAUGCAGAGGACAUGGUGAAACGGAAUGCUAAAACUGGGGAACCCAUUUUGAACUCUGCUGGAGAACCUGAAGUUCUUACCUCCCACACAUGUAACCCUGUUCCGUGCAUCAUUGGUGGACCAGGAUUGCCCAAGGGUGUGAAGUUUCGAACAGACUUGCCAAAUGCCGGAUUGGCAAAUGUUGCCGCUACUUUCAUCAACUUCCAUGGAUUUGAAGCACCCUGGGAUUAUGAACCAACUUUGAUUGAAUACAAAGAAGACUGAAGAUCAUGAUGUGGAAAUUCAGUAAUUUCCAGUUAAUCCCUCUCAAGAAUUGAGUUAAUCAACUGCUUGGAAUAGAGUAUAUCAGCAUAAUUUUAAUUCUUCAUUGUUUAUUCUAAAUCACAAAAACUUCAAGAUAAUUUGAAUUAACCUUGUCACUUACAACCAUUUCACUUGUAAAAAAAUAAUCUUUGUAAACUAAACACAUCUUCAAGAAUUAAUGUUUUAUUUUAUUUUAUUUUCUUAUUUCUGUCUUUUUUAUCCAAGACAAUAACUGCAAAUAUAGAUGAGAAAAAAUAAAUAAAAAAAAUCGUGGUUUUGUA